AGAGAUGGGGAAGAAGUGGAGAAGAGAGGAUUGGAAGGCGGAGGAAAUUGCGAGAACCACAACGCAACAGAUAAGGAUUCCCUUUAAAAGGAAUUUCAGUUUCCACACAUCUCAAUUUUACGAUAUAUCACCAAUCACUCUUCACGUUAGCUUUGGCGCCUCUGACACGCCAAGAUGCAAUCCAGCGCUGACGUUAAUCAACGUAUUGCAAGGAUCUCUGCUCAUAUCCGCUCUUCUAAUCUCCAGAUGGAAGAAAGCUCCAUUCUGAGGCGGGCAAAUUGCCGAGCGAAAGGUGGUGCGCCUGGAUUUAAGGUUGCUAUCCUCGGUGCGGCUGGAGGCAUUGGCCAACCUCUUGCAAUGUUGAUGAAGAUGAAUCCACUGGUGUCUGUCCUCCAUCUCUACGAUGUUGUCAAUUCUCCCGGUGUGACAGCAGACGUUAGUCACAUGGACACUGGUGCUGUGGUGCGUGGUUUUCUGGGGCAGCAGCAACUGGAGAGCGCUCUUACUGGGAUGGACCUGGUCGUAAUUCCGGCCGGUGUACCCAGGAAGCCAGGAAUGACAAGGGAUGAUCUCUUCAAGAUCAAUGCUGGAAUUGUUAAGACCCUUUGUGAAGGGAUUGCUAAGUGCUGUCCUCACGCUAUCAUCAACUUAAUCAGCAAUCCUGUCAACUCUACAGUUCCAAUUGCAGCAGAGGUUUUCAAGAAGGCUGGCACCUUUGAUCCUAAGCGGCUUUUGGGAGUUACAAUGCUUGAUGUUGUUAGAGCCAAUACUUUUGUGGCUGAAAUUUUAGGACUUGAUCCUAGGGAAGUUGAUGUUCCAGUUGUUGGUGGCCAUGCAGGAGUUACAAUUUUACCUCUUCUGUCACAGGUUAAGCCUCCAUGUUCUUUCACUCAGGAAGAAAUCAAAUACCUGACAGACCGCAUUCAGAAUGGGGGAACAGAAGUAGUUGAGGCGAAAGCUGGGGCUGGAUCUGCAACACUAUCAAUGGCAUAUGCUGCUGCUAAAUUUGCAGAUGCAUGCCUGCGGGGCUUGAGAGGUGAUGCUGGAAUUGUAGAGUGCUCUUUUGUGGCUUCUCAGGUGACAGAGCUCCCAUUCUUUGCAUCCAAGGUACGUCUUGGUCGUGCUGGAGCAGAGGAAAUUUACCCACUGGGUCCCCUGAAUGAAUACGAGAGGGUGGGUUUGGAGAAGGCGAAGAAAGAGUUGGCAGGAAGUAUCGAGAAAGGAAUUUCUUUCAUUAGGAAAUAGAAAAGAUGGUAGGAGUAUCUUUGGAAGAUAUCACUUAUUAUAGAUAUUAAAAAGAAGAAAAAAAAAAGAGCUCUGUGCAAUCAUUUUCUAUCCCUCCUUCUGUAAACCCCAUUUCUUUCAGAAUAAGUACUCUUAUUUUAUCAAAAAGCAGAUAGAGGUUAUUCUACGCCA